AUGGAGACCGAAGGCUAUCGUGACGUCCUGGAGACCAGCGAUGGUCACGGGGUAGGCCUGCUGGAUGGAGGGGGCGAGGUGGGGGUGGAAGAGGGCUGGAGCACACCCUACCCUCUGGGCUUCCAGGUGUCUUUGACCACUGUGCUGAUCCUGGAGCUGGUGUUGGGCUUCAGCAGCAACCUGACUGUACUUGUGCUCUACUGUGCUCAGAGCAACCUGGUGGAUUCAGUCAGCAACCUGGUCACAGUCAACCUCCAUGUGCUGGACAUACUGGUCUGUGUGCUGUGUCUGCCACUGACUGUGGCUGUGAUCCUGUUACCAGCUAAUGGAAAUGGAGUCGGCAGCCUGGCCACGCUGUGCUGCUUUCAUGAGGCUUGUGUCACAUUCACCAGUGUGGCCACAGCAGUCAACGUGCUGGUGAUCAGCCUGGACCGAUACGACAUCUCAGUACGUCCAGCCAGUCGUCUGCUGACCCCCAGGCGUGCAGCAUUGCUCCUGGCAGCAGUGUGGGCCGUGUCUCUGGCUGUCUUCUUCCUGCCCUUCCUUGAGGGGGACUUCUUCUCUUUGAAGGCUGAGGGUGGUGAGGAUGAGGAGCCGGAAGGGCACAGCAAUGACUCUGAGCUCACCACUGGGCUGACCCCCAUUUCCCCCACCAUCUCUCCUUCCUCUUUACCCUCAACUCAUCCUUCCUCCCCUUCAAUGCACCUGCCUCCUGUAUGGCAGAACAGGACACUGCUGUGUGUAGGAGGGCAGGGGUAUUACACAGGCAUGGCUAUGUAUUACCACUUGUUACUUCAAGUGCCGUGCUUCUUCAUCGCUGUGGUUGUCAUGUUGUUCACCUACUCCAGGAUCCUGCAGGCCCUCAACAUUCGCAUUGGCUCCCACAUGAUGAGGAGUACGCGUGCGAAGGACUCCGGCUGUAGGAUACGCUGCAGGAGGCAGAGGAGGAAGGAACUGAACCUGCCCACAGAGGUAGUGUCCUCCAACCAGAACCAGAACCUCAACCAUCCCCCUCUCAUCCCCUCUCCCCCCCCUACACCCACAUCUCCCCCACCACUCUCCUCCAUGCCCCAGGGGAUGUCUGACAGUGGAGCAACAGUCACUACUGUCAGUACUGCUGCCACCACUCCCAUUGCCACCACACCAGCCACCCCAGCUUCACCAACCCCAGCUUCAGCCUCAACCCAGACCCACGCCACCUCACCACUGCCUGCCUCCUCCAUGGGUGUACAGGCCUCAGUGUCUGCCAUCAUCGCCUUGAGGCGGGCAGUGCGCAGGCACAGGGACCGCCGAGAGCGUCAACGUCGAGUCCUUAAAAUGUCCCUAAUCAUCAUAUCCACCUUCCUGGGCUGCUGGGCCCCUCUGUCUGCAGUCAAUGUUCUGAUCCUGUGUCUGGGUCCCAGCGACGGCCUGGUGCGGUUACGUCUCUGCUUCUUGGCUAUGGCUUAUGGAACCACCAUUUUUCAUCCUCUGCUCUACGCUUUCACCAGGCAGAAGCUGCGCCGUGCCCUCAAAACACGUGUCAAGAAAAGGGUAGUGUCCCUUCUGCAAGUGGACCCAGCUCCCAGCGGGGGGACAGUUAUUCAUAACUCCUGGGUGGAAGGUGGAGGCCAGAGGAAGAGUCGCAAGCCACGGGUGGAGGCCAGUGAUGGCACUGAUCGAUGUCUCACAGAGGCAGUGAGGGAAUAA